CAGCCUGCCGCGUACUGCAGUGUAGACCUAGUGUUUGUAGUGUAGCGACUACUGCUGGCAGUGCUGCCGCAACGGUGUUGUCUGAUAGUGAUCGAGUUCUUUCCAAGUCAAGUCAGAAUGUAGCAGUAGAGAGGCAGUUUAUGAUCUUGCAGCCAUCUAGAGUGGAGUCGAGUCGUGGCUUGCCCACGACAGCCUACUGGGCUGCUGCUGCGCUGGGAGGUCGAAGGCGAAAGCCUUCCCCGUUGUUCAUAGACGUUCAUCUCUCCGUUGGCGUUCGAGUGGUGGAUUUUCAUGGUGACUUGACAACUAGCCUAGUGUGCAGAGCGUGUGUGAAGAAUGAUUUCGGACUUGGAGAAUAUCGUGGCCAACACCAUGCUGGUGACGGUCAGAAAUGGUGAAGGCGACGGCGAUGGAAAGCGGAGAGGAAAAAGCAAGAACUGGCGCAAAUACAUCCCAAUGCCGAAUAUUGCCAAAUGCUCCACUCUGCGCGAGGAAUUGGAUAUCGAUUUCAACUAUCUUUUCGAUCAUCAGCCGAUUGGCAAGGAGCUAUUCGAACGAUUCUGCCAGAAUGCAUCCAGUAGUGCCGCGGCGCGGAACUCUCUAUGCUUUCUCAACAAAGUCGCAGUAUUUAGUGUCGCUGUAGCUGAAAAGCGUCAUGCUUUGGCCGAGGAAAUCGUCACACGCUGUCUCGUCGACACCGAGAGUAGACCUGCUGGUGUCACCGAGGAGCAAGUAACCAAUUGCCAGGAGCGCUUGGCAGUACGGCCGACUCCGUCGAAUUUCUUCGAAGAGUGCAACAAAGCAAUCCGUGAGCAGCUGUCUGGUGAUAUCUACUCCCAGUUCAAGGAGAGUCUGUACUACGAUCGUUACCUUCAGUUCAAAUGGGUGGAAAGGCAACCGCUUCACAAAAAGCUUUUUCGGGAAUUUCGUGUCCUAGGGAAAGGCGGCUUUGGAGAGGUCUGCGCAUGUCAGUGCAAGGCAACCGGCAAGAUGUAUGCCAUGAAGAAACUGGAAAAGAAAAGAGUCAAGAAGAAGAAAAGCAACACAAUGGCUCUAAACGAAAAGGAAAUUCUUGAGCAACUAUCGAGCCGCUUUAUUGUUUCACUGGCCUACGCGUGUGAGACAAAGAAGGCGCUAUGCAUGGUGUUGACGCUGAUGAACGGCGGCGAUCUCAAGUAUCACAUACACACCAUGGCGCACGCUAACGGUCGCACGGGCCUUGAGAGGGACCGGGCCAUUUUCUACGCUGCCGAGAUCUGCUGUGGACUGCAGCAUAUGCAUGAGAAGAGCAUUGUGUAUAGGGACAUGAAACCAGAAAAUAUUCUACUAGAUGGUAACGGUCAUGUGCGCAUCAGUGAUCUGGGCCUUGCCAUUCACCUACCGCCGGGCAAGGCAGCUCAUGGUCGUGUCGGUACUGUCGGCUAUAUGGCACCUGAAGUAAUAAAGGGCGAGCGGUAUCGCUACGCUAUUGACUGGUGGGGCCUAGGUUGUCUGGUAUAUGAGAUGUUCCAAGGACAGGCACCAUUUAGACAACGUAAGGAGAAGGUCUCCAGGGAGGAGGUUGAGAGAAGAACGAAGGAAGACGAGGUCCAGUACUCUUCAAACUUCACAGACGAAGCUAGAGAAUUGUGCUCAAAGCUUCUGGAAAAGAAUUAUCAGAAUCGGCUGAGCAAAGCACAUCACAUUAAGAGGCUGAGUUUCUUCCAGUCCAUAUCUUGGCCACAUCUUGAGGCUGGUCUUGUUGAUCCACCUUACGAGCCUGAUAAAAACCUUGUCUAUGCCAAGGAUGUACUGGAUAUCGAUGAGUUCACCUCAGUGCAUGGCGUUGUGAUUGACGGAGACGACAAGGAGUUUCACUCGCGCUUCGCUUCUGGCUGUGUCUCUGAGCCGUGGCAGCAGGAAUUGAUUGACGAGAAAGUCUUUGCGGAGCUCAAUGCCUAUGGUCCUGACGACACGCGAAGUCCUGACCUAAUACCCUGUGAAGUUGAGGAGGCACCGCGUAGUAGUGGCAUCUUCAGUUGGUUCAGACGACAGCGGUCGUCCACGUCUGGAUCGCGCUCUGCAGGGUCGGUUUCGUCACCGACAGCUUCACCGACGACCGGAGCAGCUGUGAUCGAGAAGGCGCCAAGCGCGUCUCCCGCAUCCGCCAGCGCAAUACCAACUCCUUGAUCGGUGUCGUACUUUGCUUCUCUUUCUCUCUCUCAUCACUGGCAACGAACUAAUGUAUAUGCUUCCAUGGAAGUCUUGCUUGAAUUUUGUCCGUAUUAUUCGGUGAGCUGCGGAUGUGUCCGCUUUCCUUUGUUAUGGUGGUGAUGAUGCUGCUGAUGGUUGCACCGGUGAUGUUGGUUUUCCAUUGAGGGGUUCAGUCAUCUGCAACACUAUGGUACUGUUAUUGUCUGGGAUGUUCCUUGCCCCAACCUAGUGCCAAUCGUAGUGGCACUCUAAAAGCUGUAAACGAAAACGGCUUGAUUCACGUCUUGAGUUGCUGUAUCCGUCCAGUCUGGCCAUGGCUAGAGGUUGCAGGCCGAGGUCUGGCACACACUCACAGUCAUGCUACUACUACUGCUGUUGCUGCUGCUGCGCCUGGUACCAUGGCCGUUCUUGUUCCAGUCUGGUAAUUUUCCAGCUGACAUUGAACAAACUGUGUCCGCGCCGGUCAGCCUCCAUUGACAAUUCUCAAGAGCCCAACUAGCACCAAGCUGAACACUGAUCUCGUAGCGGUGAACUAAUACCCUACGAGUCUUGUUGAUGUCUAUUUGCCUGUACAUAGUAUAGUGUUGCUCAGAUGCUGCUCAGAUGCUCCGUACUUUAGACCUGGUAACAUAAUAUUGCACGCGCGUGCACACCUCUGUCUUAACUCACCUCGCUUCCAAUCGCUUCGCAGGCCGUCUUCCGCCGAGCCUCGACAGCUGCGCACUCUGACGCUGUGUACAGAUUAUAUUCCUACUUUCCCGCUAGAGCCUCUCUGCUUCUAUUUUCAUUCCUCUCCCGUUGAUCUCCGCUUCAUGGCUGCUCCUUGUGGCUCCUCCAGUACAGCUACAGCUACAGCUACUCUUAGAAGUGUCUAGUGAAGCCAGACAUGGUGGUGACUGACAUUAUUGCCACUAAUUUGCUACUGAUUGCUAAUCACUCGUGACCGUAGUAAUGCCGAAUCAACGAUACUUUUACCAGUAAUAAAUUAACUUUCCAAUGACUGUA